GCUCCAUAUAACACACUAUUUAUUAUAUAUGCAAUAUAUCCAAACCAUCAUGGCUCUUGAACUUCGCCAUAAUCGCUUCUACGAGGUUUUUGAACCUCAAUGCAAAUGGAACAAAUUUGAAACCCUUGAUAUCGAUCUCAAAGGUUUCAAAACUGAACACGUAAAGGUUCAAAUCAACCAGAGCAAAGGGAUGCUGGUAAUCCAUGGAGAACGACCAUUAGGUGGCACGACUACUAAAUGGACCCGUUUUCGCAAAACCAUCAAACUUUCUGAAGACUCAAAUCUGAAUGAGAUCCGAGCCAAGUUUUCCGAUGGGGUUCUUUCCAUUCAGGUGCCAAAACAGGUGAAAGAACCAGGAAACGACGUCGUCGUCGGCAGAGAAGGUAGCCAUUGGAGGGAUUCUGCGGGUUGGGGAAUAGUGAAGACCAGUAGUUGGGGGACCAUGAAAGUUGCAGUGAUGGCUUUGGCGGUGGUUACGGUGGGGAUUACGAUAGGAGCUAAAUCAGCAGCGCCGCCGCCCCGACCAGUGCUCCCCAAUAAGGAAGAUGUCGUUGUGGAUCGGGCUGUAAAGGAACCAGAUAAUCAAUCCAAACCCGGCUUUAAUUUUCUAUUCAAAUAG